AUACAGCAGCUGUUGCAAAAGAUAUAGUAUGAAUACAUCUUUCAGGUCAGUACAUAAUAUUCUUUCCCUGCGUAAUAGUUUACAAAUUUAUAUACAUUUGUGCCAUUCUCUCACUUAUUGCCUGACAGUUUUGGUUGUUAGGUUUUAGAUAUAUUUGCACCUUCAUUAUCAUGCAGUUUAAAGCUACAUUCUUUCCAUAGUUGAAAUUCUACUACAAUGCAUUUACUCGCGUGCAAACACAGAAAAACACUAAAGUAAUUAGGGAUCACAUACAAGAAAUGAAACUCCAAUCUUACAAACCAGUGCUCGCAUUUUAUAUGGAUUAGUCAGCUGGCCCAUUGCAUGUGGAAUCCUGCACAGCUCACAUUUGUAAACUCAAGCCCCAGCUUUAGUGACUGGCAAAGAAAAGAAAGGGGUGGGACAAAGUAGAGCUGAGAAACAGCGGGGUGUCCAGAUCAACUGAAAAGAAGCUACUGACUAAGGAGGCACAUGUCCAUUCAAACUUAAAGAAGAGAUGAAAGCAGAAAACAGGGGUAUCAUGACUGCGAUUCCUUCCCGCUGCAUAUUCAGCAUUCUAAUUGCUCCAGUGAAUUUCAUGUCAGAAAAGCCCUCGGGAGCUGCAUUCUGCAAUGUGUAAAAUCUGUCACCAGGGUGUCAGGCAUUUCAUACUUUGCUUCCAAAAGAACUGUUCCACAGAAAGUUGCUUGCUGCAGUGCCCUGCAGUGUGAAACACCUUCUCUUCUCCCCACCCCUGAAGUUGAGUGAAGAUGCCAAUGCCUAAGCCGGGCUCAGAAGAAACCUAUGGGGAUUUCUCAUGCUUUGCUUUUCUGGAUAUGCUUGAGUACCAGUGAAGUGUGCCUUCCUGGGCAACACAAAGCUCAGGAUUAUGUUACUUGCUAUUUUUUUGACAGUGGUGGUCAAUGUUGCUUUGGCAAACCCCUCUUUGGCUCUGGAAUCAACAUGCUUGGAUGGAUACCAGUUGACUACUGACAAUUCCACUUGUAUAGACAUUGAUGAAUGCCUUGAAGGAGGACUGGGGACUUGUGGGCAAAUCUGUCACAACACUCCAGGCUCCUACAUCUGUUCCUGCUUACCUGGUUACACACUGGAUGAUAACACAUGGUCGUGCUAUGUUGAUGCCCCUGUGCCCUACCUCAUCUUCAGCCAUGGAAACGCCAUCUUCAGGAUUGACAGAGAAGGAACCAAUCACAAGAGACUGGUGACAAACACAGGGAUCUCUGUCCUGUUGGACUUCCACUAUAAUGAAGAAAGAAUAUACUGGGUAGACUCUGACAAGGGUCUUGUACAAAGGGUUUUCAUGAAUGGCACCAAAAGGGAGAAAGUAUGUUCAGUUGGAAACGGGAUUUCUGGAUUUACUCUGAACUGGAUUCAGAAAAGCAUUAUCUGGACCAAUCAUCAGAAGGGAAGCAUUGAAGUUGCAGACAUAGAUGGGAGGAAUUCUAGGGUACUUUUAGAGAAUGUAUCCCAGCCCAGUAGCAUCACUGUUGAUCCCAACCAAAGGUUUAUAUUCUGGAUUUCAGAUGGACUGGUACCAAGCAUCAAUCGAGCAAACGUUGAUGGCGGAAAGGUCAUCACAGUUUUGAGCACUACUGAGAAAGUAAAAACACUGUCUCUGGAUUUUAUCGACAAAAGACUGUUUUGGGUCCAAUAUGGCGUGGAUGAUGAGAGUGCCAUUGGAUCUUGUGACUACAAUGGUGAUGCGGUUCAUAUUAUGAAACAAUUAACACAGUCCCAGCCUUUUGGGAUGUCUUUAUUCGCUGAGUAUAUAUACUAUUCAGAGUUGAAAACUGGUACCAUUAGAAGAGCCAGCAAAUACACAGGCAAGGAUGUCGUCGUCAUCAACCCCAAGCCUUCAUUUCUUCCUCCUGCUGAUGUGAAAGUCGUGCACCCUCUCAAACAGCCUGCACCCUCCCAAACAGCUGAGCAGGGGUGUGAUGCUACGAAAGAAGACUGCUUAAGUGUGUGCACCAGAGAUGCAGAUAAAGUGCAAUGUGAAUGUAGAGGCGGCUAUGUCCUCAGCAAAGAUGGGAGAUCUUGUGAAGAUGUGAACGAAUGUGCUUUCUGGAACCAUGGCUGUACUUUAGGCUGUGAAAACAUCCCAGGCUCCUAUUUCUGUACCUGUCCUGGAGGUUUCGCUCUUCUUUCUGACAUGAAAACCUGUCACGAGAUUGUCCCAUGCUUGAAGAACUACACUGAAUGCAGCCAUAGUUGUGUCCAGACAGCUAUAGGACCCGUGUGUGUGUGUCCAGAAGGAUCGGUGUUAAGACCAGAUGGAAGAACAUGCACAGGUUGCACUGCACCAGAUAAUGGAGGCUGUAGCCAGGUCUGUGUGGCUUUGAGUCCAGUGAAGUGGGAAUGCAAGUGCAUGCCAGGCUAUCGACUGAAACCAGAUGGGAAGCAUUGUAGUGCAACAGGUCCCAGACCUUAUUUGCUUUUUGCAAAUAUCCAAGACAUUCGGCGCAUCAAUUUUGAUGGCACAGCUUACCACAGUCUACUAGAUAAGCAGAUGGGGAGAGUCUUAGCUUUGGACUAUGACCCUGUUCAAAGUAAGGUUUAUUUUGCGCACACAGGUCUGAAGUGGCUGGAAAGAGCUAACCUGGACGGGAGUGAACGUGAGGUGCUGCUGCGUGAAGACCUGGAUUAUCCUGAAGGGCUAGCUGUAGACUGGAUUAACCGUAAACUGUACUGGACUGACCGAGGGCUGUCCAGAAUUGAAAGAAGUGACCUAAAUGGUGUUCACAGAGAAGUGAUCAUCAGUGAGGGUGUUAACAAGCCAAGAGGAAUAGCUGUGCACCCACUGGCAAAGAAGCUGUUCUGGACGGACUGGGGUGAAAAGCCUUGUAUAGAAAGCUCUUCCUUGGAAGGUGACGUCCGACUGGUUAUUGCCAACACCACCCUUGUUUCACCGAGUGGAAUCACCAUAGACUACCUGGCAGACAAGCUGUACUGGUGUGAUGCCAAGCGAUCAGUCAUCGAAGUGGCAGAUCUGGAUGGCUCCAACCGACGGAUCCUGACACAGAACGAAGUAGGACGCCCUUUUGAUGUAGCCGUGUUUGAAGAUCACGUUUGGUUCACUGAUUGGGAGAAGCCAUCCGUUAUGAGGGUUGACAAGUGGACAGGGCAAAACCGGGUGCGUCUUCGAGGGAAUAUGCUUAGACCCUCCUCCUUGGUUGUUGUUCACCCAUUAGCCAAACCAGGUGCUGAUCCCUGCCUGUAUGAAAAUGGUGGCUGUAGCCAAAUUUGUGAGAACAGGUUUGGAGUUGCUCGUUGCUUGUGUCAUGAGGGCUUUGUAAAGCAUGCCGAUGGUGGAGUCUGCCACCCUAUCAACAUUGCCUUGACAACUCCAGUGUCUCGUGCGACCCUUUCUCACAGUCAGCUCUUGAUGUCAAACACCACAUUAAGAGAUGAAGGCAUUCCACUUGCUAAUCCCAGCCCAUCAGCAGCCACUGAGGAGGCUGCUGUACACAAAGAGGAGCAGCCCAAAAGCAUCCAGGUGGCAGAGAUAAUGGUAUCAGAUCAAGAUGAUUGCUCUGCUCUUGAAUGUGAUGUUAAUGCUCAGUGUUUCCCAGCACAAGGGGGCGCUGUUUGUCAAUGUUUGGAAGGAUUUACCGGCGAUGGCAAAGCAUGCAAUGACAUUGAUGAAUGUGCUGUUGGCAUUGCUCUGUGCAGCAUGCAGCUUGCAGACUGCAUUAACACAGAGGGUAGCUAUGUCUGCAGGUGCCAUGUUGGCUACAGCGGGGAUGGCUUGUAUUGCUCAGAUAUCGACGAGUGUAAGUUCGAAACCCACAGCUGUGACAAACAUGCCGAUUGUGUCAAUACAGAGGGAAACUACACCUGCACAUGUAGGACUGAAUAUUCUGGAUCAGGCUUCAUCUGUGAAGAAGUGGUUGCUCCUACCUCUACAGUGAGGACCAGCAGUUCCUCUGAAACUACCACCCACUGGCGCAAUGAUCACCUGGAGGACUGCCCGUCUUCAUACGAGGACUACUGUCUCCACGGAGCAGUGUGCUUCCACAUUCCAGAGAUCGGAUCCUACGCAUGCAACUGUGUGACAGGCUACAUGGGGGAACGGUGCCAGUACAGUGACUUGGAGUGGUGGGAGUUGCAACACAAGGAAGAGGAGAAGAGGCGCAACCUUACUAUUGCAGUCUGCAUGAUCAUACUGAUCGUACUCCUGUCUGUAGGAGCCUGCGUAACGUACUGCUACAGGUCUAAGAAGUACCCAAUGAAGAGUCAGUAUGCUGAUGACAUGAGUAAGACCUGCAGCAGUGACGACAGCGUAACCGAAAUUUCCACCAGCAGUGGGCAACGGUUCUAUGUUGUCCUGGAACAUGGCUCAAGAGGGGAUGGCAAAGUUAUCCACAUGGUUGGUUGUAACAGCAGACAGGUUUGCCAUUCCUGUUCCUCAGAAACAGGAGAAAGUGUAGUGUCUGAGGAAGCUUGGAAUUUGCAGAGGGAUGGGAAAGGCCUGGUUUUUGUUCCCCAGGUGCCUUGCAGCCAUGUGCAGCAGGACACCAACAGGACUGUCCUCCAUCUUAGACAGGAGGAGAACCUCAUAUACCUGGAAGAUAGUGAAUCGGAUGUGAGUGGGGAGAGCAGGACACCUCAGCCUGUUUGACCUUGUGUCAUUCUCUCAAAUCCACACAACAUUGGACCCAGGACAGGGGAACUCAAUUCAUUUAAAACAUAAGCACCAGUAGAGGACAGUGUUUGAGAGCAGACUGGACUGUUUUUAUUGGUAAAACUUUGUUUGAAGUUGACUUACAUAGCAUUAAGUUUCGUUUUGUAAGACUCAAGCAAUGUAAGCCAACAUUAAAAAGUAGUGGUGUGUUUUUUAAAUUUAUUUUUAAGGGAGAAAAACACCUAACUGAGAUAAUCAACUGGCUCGAUUCUCAUUUACUCAUAGUCAUCGUUAGCUUUUUUCAGAAAGGAAACUCACACCAAAUAAAGUUACCAAAAUAGAUAUAAACGACUCAGGCAUUUAGUUUAACAGCUUGUAAUUGGUUGUAUAUUGUGUGUUGUUUUUUUUCAGAAUUGUAAAUGGUGUUUUGUCUUUUCAGAAGAAAUUUUACUGCAAAUGACAAUUUGGAAUACAUAACUUUGAGAAUCUAGCCCACAGUCUAUUAAGCACUCUCAAGUUGUUUGUUUCUAAUUUAGAAAAAAAUAGCAAUUAUUUAAUGAUAAGCAAAUGUAAUUUAUGAAAGUAGUAGGGACCCUCCAUGGGGUUGCAUAGUGCUUAUGAAGGUGUUAUGUCUCCCCCAUACUGUAGACUUUAAAUAUUUUUUAUUGUAGUUUGUUACACUGGUUGCAUUGGAAUUACGAUGUGCUAAUAAUCAAAACACGUGAAUGGUUUACUAGAGAUUUAUUAAUAUGAAUCCGAUAUUAUACAAAACAGUGAGAAUUUACCUGCUAACACAAUGUAGCAAUUUGGGAAAGUGCUGCUCAGUACAGGGUGGGAUGGGGUAAGAAUGGCAAGCCUCUGUUCUUUAACAUGGUUACCAUUCGAAACAAUAAGUCAGUUGCUUUCAAAUAACAGCUGAGGCGUUGGGUCUUUGACGGAGUGAUUGUAAGCUGAUUGAUACAGUGUGAAACGUCACUGUGGGGUGCUAGUUUGAAAAGUUGUCGAUAAGGUGAGUCCUCACAAUUUUCACAGUAUGUUUGGAAAAGGACUUUAAGAUGGCGAGUUAAACAUUACUUAGAUAAAUAUCUGUGUAUAUAAAUCAGAUGUAGGGGUCUAUUUUAAUGAUCUAAACAGAGGCAGUGGCCGUUUUUUUCUAUAUUAAUCUUUCAUCCCAAGAAUGAUUUAUCGACCAACUUUUUGUCAUUACAGCAUACUAUAAAAUACAAUGAAAUGAGUUCAGCAAAAAGUUAGGUUUAGAGUUUUUAAAGUGGCAGUAUAAAGAUCCACCACUGUUCAGAUUAUUAAAAUACACCCUAUUAAUGAAUACCUUUUAAAAAUAAAAAUAUAAUAUUUGCAAUACUUGAGAAGGGACAAAUUAGUUCAUUUUAACUACCAAUGUGCUGGCAGGGGCUGUGGAAUGACAUGGCUUGUGAUUAAACAGUUGAAGGAACCAUACAUAUAGGGACUAUACAAAUACACUGUACACUAACACCAGCACUUAAAACUAUCAAUCCAUUUACUGCAGCUAGUGUAUUGUGAAUGGUAUUGUUUAACUGUGCCUUUUUUAUUUGCCAGCUGUGAAACCUGUUUACAGAGAAGUAGCAAUUAUCAAAAGUGUAUCUAUUCAAAGAGUAUCAAUCAUUUUAAAAAGCGUUUUUUGAAAGUACUACCAGUAUCUAAAACCCUAAAAACAAAAAUAUCUUGCUAAAUUGCGCUGUAUGUAGUGCAAAACUGCACACAUUUUGCAUUUUAGAUUAAGUGCUUGAGUAAAUAUUAUAUUAUAGUCCAUACUAAACCAGAACUACACUUUGGUCCUGAAAAACACUGCUAUUAAUGCCACAGCAAUGCAGACACUUACUAUACAAUGCUGCAGGCAAUUUUAAUAUAAAUACACCUCAGCUAUUUCUUUAUGGGCAAAAUAGGAGCUAGCUGGGAUUUGCUCUGAUAAACAAGUUUGUAAAAUCGAGCUUCAGCUCGUUGACACUCCACUGUGUAUCUGGAAAGACAUUUACAUACUAAUGAUGUCAUUGUAUAUGUUGUCUUACAUUAAAUAUAAUUGUUUAAAAUUGGUGGCAUAUUUUCCAUAAUUGGUUGACUUCAACACAGGUUUCACUGAAGUGCAUGCUGAAUAAGCUGUUAUUUUCUUUUAGGGAAGCAAUUGAGAAGAUAGGUGCUUUUUAUUUUAUUUUGGAAAAUCAUAAAUGAUGUAACUGUUUCACCUUUAACUAGUCCACAGCAUGUUUGUAUUAAUAAAAAAGUAACAUUAAAAUGACUAUAGCUAAUCAAGUUGUGGUUGUGCAGAUGCUUGCAUUUGAAUGCACAUAAUCCUUUUUAUUAAAUAUGUUUGUGACACUAAGCUAAUUUAUGUAAAACAGUGGGUUCAAUUCACAAAACGUCAGCUUGGUUUUUAUUUUAAUAUAUUUUGUAAAUCAUUUAUGCUUGAAACAUGAGAAUAAACACCAACCCCUCCAUAAAACUGAAUUCAACAACACAACAUGGAGGCCUAUUAUUAUUUGUGCUAAAUGUGAUUAAAAGUUUUAGAACAGGACCACAAUGAAAUCAUGUUGUGUUUUUUUAACCAAAUGUAUAUAACCUUGCUAUAUAAUGUAUUAAGCAAAAUCUCUUUUUAAUGUGAUAUCAUAUAUUAACAUUGCUUCUCGAAUACAAACUAUUGCUUGUUUACAAUGUUUUGCUAUAUUGUAAUAGUUUUAUGUACUUGUAGACCCAUUUCAGUAAAAAAACAACAUUUCAAUUA